AAAGAACCCACCGGACAACGCAGCGAAAGACGACGUGUUCGAGGGCUAUUGCGCGCAGGGUCAAAGAGAUAGCCCAGGGUCGUUUUGCGGAGUUGUUCCCGCUCAUUCCCAGCAACGGUUGCUGGGGCGCAUUCCACUGCCCCGCCAAUCACGUUUUGGGUGGCCUGCAUCUAAGAUCUACUCAGACGUGCCACAGUGAACCACCAGACGGGGUUCAAGUAGGAACCAAGAAGAUAUGCCGACUGAGAAUACGUAUCGCGACGUUGAAUCGAUCAUUCAAUUCGCCGAUGUAUCCGUCAAGGAGGCAGCAUUCGACCAUUAUUGGCGCAGAGUCGAAGGCUCCGCAUCAGGUCUGAUUGAUCUUGAAGCGUUGGGAAUUUGCGUCCGCUUGUUACCUCUCAAAGCAUCUUCUCCACGUAACAACGAGUCUUUCAAUAGACUACACGAUGUUGUUUUUGAAUACAUCUCGUCCAAGGCCCACAAUGAAGAUCACCUCUACUUGCUUGCAGAAAUAUCCCUCAGUAAUGCUGAACUUGGCUUCGCAGUGUUCGACACUGUCGCCCGCUACAUAACGGCCGCCGCAGACGACGACGUUCCCAUCACUUCGGAAGGGGCAAUAGAUUAUUGUGGGAUAUUCUUACCCAAAGAAGAACACCUACAGAGAGUUCGAGUUUGCCUCGCAUUCCUCAAAUGCUCUUACUGGCUUCCUGAAGAUCGGUACCACUACAUCACGCCCGCGCUGUACUCCACACUUAUUGGAAACGUCGGCAAAGUUGAGAUAGAUGAAGCCAUCCAUGACACACUCUCUUCAUUGCUUGCUUUGUUGAGCAAACAAUCUGUUAACGUGCUUAACACGGUGGAGCUUCCAGACUCAUGGAUCCAGCGAGAUUAUACUUCGAAUAGGACCCUUCUUCUACCAGGUGCCCUCUCGGACUCAUUUUUUGGUGGACUCCGACAUCUUCCGUUAGACUACUUUUCUGAAAAUGCCAGCAAGGCUUUCCGGACUUGGUUCCAAUGGAUAAACUAUGUGAACGCAAAUGCCCUUGGGACUGACGAGGUCUACACCCCAAAGUACUGGUCGGUGUUGUGUACCGGACUUGUAACUGGUAUGACCGACCAGCGGAAGUAUUGUCUAGGCAUCAUACAACAAUCGUUGCUCAUCUGUCAAAGAAGCUUUGAGGCGCCCGGAAUGGCCUUUGAUGUCAGUAAGAAAGGAUCUAUCGUACAGCAGUACAAGAAGUAUUGUGCAUUAUUCGAGAUCAUCGUUUUAGAUCGAUACCCCAACCAGGUGCAGGCUUGCCUCCCUGAGCUUACGACGCUUCUCGGCCCGGCAUCGUUAAUUUCUUCAACUUGGACAACCGCUCUUCUAGCCGCAGCGCUUAACCCCAAGAUUCAGGAAGGUGUUAGGAAGCUCGUUGGUAACUGGUAUCUAGACUACGCUACCGCGCAACCGGAAUCAUGUACUUCUCACACUGCUUUCAUCACCGAGGGAUUCCUUCCAUGGGCGACCCAGGGAAGCCUCUUCACGGCAUCUCUUGUUUCAACUCGAACUUCGACCACGUGUUCCCAUGGAACAGCUCUUGCCGAAGCGUUUGCUAGACUUGUCAUAGCAGCGCCAGGAACACAACCAGAGAUCGGGGCCGGUCGCUCGGACUCGCAGCAACACCCUUUUAUCCCAGACAAACAUGCGAUAAUUAAGGGUGUUUUGCAAUAUAUCUCGGACACUGGAGGUAGAAUUUUCUCACCAUCAGUUCUCUACCUCUUGGAAGGACUACUGAAAGGCAUCCGCAAAGGAGGUGUUUUUCUGGAUGCAGCAGAGAUUGCAAAUAUCCUUGCAAUAUCUAGAAUGCCCGCAUUGCCAGAGAUUGCUGCGAACUUAUCCCGUACAUACUGCGCGGAACUCUGCGGAUAUCGAAGUCCAAAGAUAUCGGACGCCGAAUUCGUUCCCGCGCAGGCCUUCCUCGAUAAAGAGAUUGGAGUUGAACAGUGUACGGCUAAAUCCAGCAUAGAGCCUUCGCCUAUGCAAGAGACGCCAAAUAACAGCACCGCGGCUUUGACCACUUUGAAGGGUUUCCUCGAGGAAGUCAACCGCUCUCGUCAUAAGAUUAUUCAGAAUGACAGAUUUGCACCUCAGUGCCUCCACAUCAUCAACCUGCUGGAGAAGGGACCACCCGAACUGCUCGUGCCAGAGGAAUUACUCCAGAUACUGGAAGCAUUUUGGGAAGAGGCAGACAGACAAGACUACUGCCGACCUGUCGCUCUCUGGCUAGCUCCUCUUUACUUCCACCCAGUCUGCAUACUCACUUGUCUUCAGUGGAGGCGAGAUGUCUCUAUGACUGUGGACGAUCUGACGGCAGUACUCACAAAAGUGUUGACCACUUUGCACCGAUUUGCAGAAGGCAGAACAUAUCUGGUGUCAGGCCUAGCAACCUCUCUCCGCAAGGCUUCCUUCCUGCAUCCAGAAAUGCUAAAUCUACUGCCUUUCGAUGACCUUUUUGUUCGGUUCAUUGAGAAUCCCCCAGUUCCGAAGAAGGAAUUUCUGUUCGAAGUGAUUGCUGCGGACAAAUUACAAGAACAUUUACCACUGCCGAAUAACGGAAACCAUGUUUCCAACCGCAAUUUUGAAGCAUACUACGGACGACGCGAAUGGGCGGGGUACGCAGCGCUGAUAGAUCUACUAAACUGCAUGCCGGAGGAUCAACUCGACGUUGCAAAGCGGGUAAUGAAGCGCCUUCUGGAACCCUGGAGGACGCAGAAAGCACCCAUUCCAAUUAUCAGCAAGUCAAAGAAUGUCUUCCAGCUGCAGGUCAUGCUACUUUUGACGGAAUCGUGCGUAAGCGAAGAGGAUGCCGACUGGUACCUGGAAUCUUUCAUGCAUGCCCUGGUGGUGGAACCCUGGCCACGGUACCGAUAUCUACUAGAAUGGACCAUCACACGCAUCUACUACCGCUUCCCAUCGAAAGCCCAUCGUAUCCUCGAUAACCUCGCGCGCCUCGACGAAAACAGCCCCGUCCACAUCGCAAGUCUCAUGAAACUGGCUCUACUUGCAGCCCCUUUCCUGGACUCCGACGCCUUCGCGCUGAAGCUGAUGGUCCAGCUCAUCCCCUUCUCCGCGAGCCCAAAGGUGCACAUCAGGCACGAGGCACACUGGUGUUUUCCCACUCUGUUCGAUCUCGCCAGGGAAAGGGACUGGACGUCCAUCACCGACAACCCGGCCUUCGUCGCGCUGGACCGGCAUGUUCGCGGCCUCGACAAGUUCAGCGCUCCGCCGUCGACAAUCCGCACGCUCAAGCUAGAUGCUGUGAAAGACUUCACGCUCACCAACAUCUUCCAAGGGCGGUAUCUGAAAAUCGAGACCCCGGACAUGGAGUAUGUCGCCCACGAAGACUUCCUUGCGCUCGCCGAGUCCGACUCUCUUCUUCCAUCUGAGCACCAUGCCGCGCCUCCGCGCGUGCCCCUCGGCCAGCCACUCUCAACCGCCGACCUCGCACCCACAAUCCCAGUCUGGAAGAAGCCAGGCGCAACGCCCGAACCCUCAUCAACUCCCGCAGAGACCUCAUCGACGUCGACAUUCCAUCAAACGAAAUCCGGCUUCGACAUGGCAUCCCUCCUCCCCACCCCCGGUCCCCCCUCGGCACAAAACACCCGCCCCGCAUCCGUCAUCCUCGUCGCCUCGCUGAUCGACAAUCCGACGAACCUCGGUGGUCUGAGCCGCAUCUCCGAGUCCUUCGGCCUCCACUCCCUCUACAUCUCCUCCCUGCGCGCCACCACCCACAAAGACUUCCUCGCAACCUCGGUCACCAGCGAGAAGCACCUCCCCAUCCACGAGCUGCCCGUGCCGCGCAUCCCGGACUUCCUGCGACAGAAGAAAAGAGAGGGGUAUCAAGUCGUGGGCAUCGAGCAGACAGACCGAAGCGGCAUACUCGGGGACGCGGGCGUGGGUGAGCUUCCCAGGAAGUGCGUUCUCGUGCUGGGUGCCGAGCGCAGCGGGAUCACAGCCGAGGUGCUGGCCGUGCUGGACCGGUGCGUGGAGAUAAGGACUGUAGGCGUGACGCGUAGUCUCAACGUCCAAACGGCUGGGGGGAUUGCGGUGUACGAAUGGUGGCGCGAGUGGGGUGUGAAGUAGCGUGGAAGAAGAACUGGCACGGAAUGGGAAGGGUAUGUGUGGUACGCACGUCAGGGGG